AUGGAGGACGAGACUCCUGCUGCGGUAGACGCGCGUAGCGUUUACAUUGGCAAUGUUGACUACGGCGCGACUCCCGAAGAGAUCCAGGCGCACUUCCAGGCGUGUGGGACGAUCAACCGCGUAACAAUCCUGUGUGACAAGUUUACAGGUCACCCCAAGGGUUUUGCUUACGUCGAAUUCGCCGACCCAUCGAUUGUCCAGAAUGCCCUCGUGCUGAACGAGUCUUCAUUCCGCGGCCGCAUUAUCACUGUCAAAGAGAAGCGGACCAACGUCCCAGGAAUGGGUGCGCGUGGGCGAGGUCGCGGCCGGGGACGGGGGCGCGGUUUCCGAGGGCGUGGAAGGUAA